CACCUUGCCAAUGCCAAAUGCUUGCAUGAAAAUAUUUUUUUUGUUUUGGAAAAUUCUCCUUGUUAAGCUAAACAGCACAAACAUUACUCUCUUCUAUGCAAAUGCAGCUUUUUACUCAGAAUCUACAGGAUGAAAUACUGAAGGUGGAGCUGUAACCUUCGGUUUCUCCAUCCUCCAAAUGUUAUUGCGCGUUUAACGCUUUGCGGGUCGUAUCCAAUUACGUAGUCCUUCGGAGAGGGAAGAAAAACCUCGUUGGCCACGGAUUCGCUAUCCUGUACAGUACUGAAAUAAGGGAUUGUUCGAUAUCUUGUUUUUAUUGAGAAUUGAAUACCAUUAUUAAUUUAAUCACGGGUUAACUGGAAAUCAGUUUUGAUGAUGACAUCACAAUCCAGCCUAACUGGAUUUUCUAAACUUCACAUGACUUGUCAACAACACUGAACCGAGAAGGAGCAGUUCAAUCAUGCCCUCUAUGCAGAAUAACCCACUGGGCUUUAGUGAGGGAAGAAGCCAGGGCAUCUCUCAACUGCUGCACUUGUGGCCUUGAAGCUGUUGGAGUUGGCCUCGAACACAGCUUGGAUCGUGUGUUUGGACUCUAGCGGUCACGUCUUGGAAAUAGAUGGAUGACCCUGUCUGCUUUUGAGCCUGUCUGAGCCAACGUCCUGACGGGAGCACUGUCUGAGGAAGAGCAAAUAUGUCCCUCUCAACAGUUCUGGCAAAGGCCCUGUUUGACAAUGCGGCAGAGAGUCCAGAAGAGCUGGCCUUCCGGAAGGGGGACAUCCUGAUGGUUCUGGAGCAGGAGCAGGGAGGAGGCCCGGGCUGGUGGCUAUGCUCUCUCCACGGGCGCCAGGGCAUCGCUCCUGCCAACCGCCUCCGCCUCCUCCACACCGCCCCGGGGACCGACGCCCAACCCCCUGGCCGGGCCCCCAGCGAGGACUCUGUGUACCUCUCCCCGGGUCCGCUGGCCCGUACGGCGGCCCCCACGGAGGACGCAGACGGGGUCUACCGCGCCCCGGCCAGCCUAGGUGAGACGCUGUACCAGAGCCCGGGGGCGGUGUCUGUCGCCUCCAGACCAGGGGUUCUCCGGCAGGUAGAGGUUGGUGGACGCCCGCGUUCCCACUCCAGCUCCGGGACACGUCCCUGUCCUGAUUGGGACGUGGGGGGGGCGGGACGCCCGCGCUCGCCCUCCCUCCGGGGCAGGGGCUCCGACUCGGCCGGGACCCUCUACCAGACCCCCUCAUCCCCCACACCGCUCGGUCACCAGCUCCACAGACUGACAGGGGGUCUGGCCGGAGCUCCUGGCCAAGAGAACGUCUACCUGGCCCCCAGUGGUAUGCCCAGGGUGGUGGGUCUGGCUCCGGGGGGGCCGGAGGACAACACCUACCUGGUCCCUCGGGAGGCUGUAGCCGCUGGCCACUCAGACGGCUGUUACCUGGUCCCCAGAGGCACGGUGGUGCCCAGCGAGGAGGUCUACCAGUCUCCCACCGGAGGGGCACCUGGGGUGGCUGUGUCGUCCCAGGUCACGCCCCUCGCCACCAGGAUCGUGGAGGCUCAGAGCCUCGCCACCUCUCAUGUGAACGGGGGGACGCCCGUCAAGCCCCUCACCCCUCAGAGCAAACUCGCCCAGGACCCCUCCAGGAUGGUGUACCAGAGCCCCACCCCUGUGGGGGCCGGCCUACUCAGGACUCCGCCCGCCCCCGGACAGAGAUCCCCUAAACCCCAGCUGAAAGCGGCGACCCCCAAAACCUCGGGAAGUCCGGGUGCGGUGCCCUCCACUCCCCCGGUGGCCAGAGGGAAGCUGGCCCCGGCCACGCCGCUCAGGGGAUCCCCACUACUGGCCAGGGCAGGACAGGCGCACGGCAGGGUGGCCGGAUCCCCGGGCGUUGCCCGUAAGCCCCCUCCUCCAGCACCUCCGGUUAGAGGCGUCACCAGGAAGGACUUGGCCCUGUCCGGGAGCCCUGUCCCCCCCUGUCAGCCCGUCCUCUCCACCCCGCCGUCUGCUCCUGUAGCCCAGCAGCAGGACGGCAAACGGAUGACAUCGGACGAAAAGAAGAAUGGGCUAAAUAAGAAAGGUGAAGACAGAGACCCGGGCGACGAGAGCCUGGACGAACAGGUGUAUGACACCCCCCCCAGCAGCAGGUGGCAGCGAGCAGCCCCGGCCGUGCUGUGUGACAACGACGAGAGCAUCUACAACACCCCCCGCUCCCUCCCCCCACAUGCCGACAGCCAGUCUGAGGUGUACGAUGUUCCUGCUGCGCUACUCGCUACGUCGUCUGACUCCCAGCAGCCGGCCCACAACGUCCCAGCGCUUCUUAUAACAGACGAAUCAGAGGAGGACGUGUACAGUGUUCCCACCCUCCCCGGCCUCCCCCUGGGCCCGGAGGACACCACUCUCCCCCUGGAUGUAAGGGAACAGGGCCAGUUCUACUCGGUCCCCGGCCCAGGGAAGAGGGCCCCGCUGGGGCUGGGCGAGGGCAGCGACCCGGGGUCCUCCUCCGAGACAGACUGUGGCAUCUACGACAUGCCCGCUCUCACCCUGGAAGUCCCGCCGUCUCCGGCCAUGUCCACCUCGUCUUCGUCUUCCACCCGUCGGUUAUCUGUGUCCAGUAACGGCUCUGGCGACGGUCAGUGGAGGAACUCCCUCUCUGGUCUUGUCCAGUCGGUGCUUAGCUCCAUCUCAGCGACGCCUGCCUCCUCAAGGGACCUGGCCGUGUCAUUGGCCGAAAUCCUGUCCGUCUGGAAAUCAAGUCAACCCGGCGACACCCCUCCUCCCCUUCAACAGGCUUGGGCCCGCCUCUCAGACCUGCUUCCUGCUUUGUCCGCUGGUGGCCACGCCCCCCCGUCAGACGCCCUCCUCUCCAUGGUCCAACGAGCUUUAGAAGACUCCACCAUCCUGCUCCAGACCCAGGGGAGGCCCCGCCUCUCGUCCCAGGACUCUCUGUCGCGGAGGCCGCUGCCGGCCCUGCCCGUGGCGGAGGUGAAGCCCUCAGGGGGCGGUAUGGGGCCACGCAAGGGCAGCUGGAUCCAGGAGAGGCCCUUACCCCCCACACCCCAGCCCACGUUCCCUCUCACCCCCGCGCAGCCCUCCUCUGUGAUCAUGGCCAUCACUGUUGGGCAGAAUGAUGGGGAGGAGGAGCUGGGGAACGAGUAUGCCGGGAUAGGACUGACCCCUGCCCCGGCUCCUCUUCCUGUUGGGGACAGCGUGGGAUAUGUGAAGCUGCAGGGAAAACCUGAGCCCCCCUCAGAUGCCCAGACAGAGAAUGGGUCAAACCAGACCUUCCGCAGCACAGAGCCUAGGUUGAGCCCCUCCCCUCCUCUGCCCGUCUCUCUCUCUCUGGAAGACUCAGAGCUGCUCUCCUUCUACUCGUCCCAGAGUCUCUCUCACCUGUCUUGUCUUGCGGACUCCAUCGAUGUGCUUUUCACCAGCGUACAGGGGAACCAGCCGCCCCGCGUCUUUGUUUCCCGGGGGAAGAGUUUGAUCGUGACGGCGCACAAGCUGGUUUUCAUCGGGGACACUCUCUCCCGCCUCCUGACUUCUCCCGACCUCAGGGCGAAGGUCACAACCUCAGGUGGGCGACUGUGUCAGGCCCUGAAGGCCGUUGUCGUAGCCACGAAGGGAGCAGCCCAGAACUACCCAUCAGUCUCUGCCACCCAGGAAAUGGUGGACUGCGUGGCCGAGCUGUCCCAGCAUGCCGCAGGCUUCUCUGGCCUGCUUCAGCGCCUUGCUGAAAUAUCGUGACGAUAUUUCUCUUCUUAAAGCGUGUUUACAAUACAUUUUCUCUCUACUUUGAAAUGCCUUAGUUCUUACAGUGUGUCAUUAUUCUCUUUUAUAUUGAGCGAUUUGAUGUUUGAGGUGAGUGAGGUGCAAUCAUUGAUUUUCAGUGCAGAAGAGGAACUGAGAUCUGUGCCUCAUUUUCAUUGAGUUUGAUUUUGUGUGCACUUGUGUUCUAGUAAGUAUGUGUUGGUUGGGCUUUUGUUUGUUUCAAUAUUUACCCGCUUUGGUGCCGAACACACUUCUCGUCUUGUGUGUUGAUAACUUAUUAGUGAUUGAUGGAUGUUUGGUUUUGGUCAUUUUUUAACCCACUUUGUGACAUUGUGUGUCUUGUGGGCUACCAUUCUAUGGGAGACAGUCCUAGUUCUGUUCGGUUGCUAUCUUUUCCUCCUACAUCGACAUAACUGUUUAUUUUCUUAUCUUUGCAUCCUUUAUUGUAGUAGGGUUGCACAGUUGCAAAAUUGUAAUUCCUCAAACAUCGCAACCCUUAUUUUAAGUAGCUUUCCACUCCUUCACAAAAUUAGCAAAAUGUAUCUAAAAUCGUAACGCUGUGUUUAGGUCAGGGAGGGCUUGAAGGUACAACUUGAAUUUGACGCUGAAGUUUGCAACAUGGCUACAAUCGAUCUGGGACACAGUCACUUUUUGACAUUGUAGUGUGGGAGAGAGGGGGGGGGGUGACUGCUUCAUGGGAUUAACGGAGGAGAGACCGUGGCUUCCAAUAACCUGAGUAGAAAGGGAGGGUGAUGCAAUAGGUCUUAGUCACAAUGUCAUUUCCCACGGUUAGGCGAAAAAACCUGUCUGCCAACUUUCACCUGUCUGCACCUGCCUUGCUUUUCCUACAAAGUCACACUUUACCCUGUCGUCCUCUCAGUUUCUUUCACAUAUUAUGCUCUUCUACAGCCUUGCUUUCCUACCCUCGCUGUCUCUUGCCAGUUGUCCAGCAGAUGAGUUGUUUUUUUGUCCUCUAUGCCGGCUGCUGACGGACGGUGCUGGCUUUUACAACCACUGUAGUCAAUGAGAGCUUGUGAGCCAUCCACGCCCAGACAGCUAUGCCAAAAAGGGCAUUUUAAUAGUGCCUGUGUAUCUCCUUAAAGUUUGUGUCCUUGUCUCCCUGCACAGGUCUUCAGUGCCCAUACAUUACCUACGGUUUUCAUCCUGUCUAGAGCCCUGAAGCCUUUUUUAGGCUUACAAAGAGUUCACCACGUUGUUUCUGGAGCUGUACCUAUCUAACCCUGUCUGAUCUUAGGUAACUGCAAAUGGGGUCGGGGGCUGCGGGUUUAUUUGGGAUUGGGGUGCGCCUUCAAGGUUCUCUAUUGUUGAAUGACACUAAUCUCCUCUGCAAACCCCUUUACUCCCUGCCCUCGCCAGUGUUGCUGGCUCAUAAUCUGUGUAGCAGAGGUAUGUUGGUAAUUGGAGGAUCAGAUUAACAAAUAUGCGUCAGUGCCAAAAAAACAACAACAAAUUAAGAUAUUUUCGCUAAACCCUUGUCUAAGUGUUUUUGCAUUUGAGUGUCACCUAGUGGUUGGUAGCAGUAUUACAACAGAAUGCCUGCACAGUGCACACAACACUUUCAAACUGCAUACUAAAAGAAAAGCGUCAUCAUAAUUAAUUGUAUUUAUUGAUCAUUUAGCAUUAGCUUUGUGGUCUGCAUGGCUUUAAGUAGCUUUUUCUUAUUUGGACAUAUUUAACCAGGGAUGUUUUCACUUCAUACAGUGAAUUACACUUUAUUACAAUAAUGGUUCAAAAGAACACAGAGAAAAGCAGUUACAGUUUUAUUAAGCUAUAAUUGGUUUUGCCUUUUUUUGUACCAGAAUGUAUUUUUAAAAGCUUUUUGUUUUGUAAUUUGUUUUUACACUAAUGUGAAUUUGUUGGGAUUCACUCCAUGGCUAAACAAGGCAUUUGGGACUACACUUCAUGUAAAUUGAACACUACAAAGAUGCCUGUCAUUUGACUCUGUUCCCCUCUAAAAUGCACAAAUAAAUUUUUACAAUUACA